GUGACCAGCGGCGUCCGUAACUCCGUAAGGAUCGAAGCCCAAAGCCUCGCUGCUUCAUCGCAAAACCCUGUCGGCCUCCCACCCUCCGCGAGCCGUCACGACUUGAAGCGGUGACCAGCUUCCGACCCUAGGCGCCUAUAAAACCCCAGCCACCUUUGCCCCCUACCGAGCUCCGGGGCUUCGAGCCUCGCCGUAACGCUCCGCUCCCAAAAUCCACAGCUCACCGCCAUGGAUCCAUCCAUCAUGAAGCUCCUCGAAGACGACGAGGAUGAGAGCAUGCAUUCUGGUGCGGAUGUGGAGGCAUUCACGGCUGCGCUGAAUCGAGAUAUCGGAGGCGACGCUGCCGCCAUCUCCCAGCCCGAUGCUGUGGGAGUAUCAUCCCAAGUAAGCAGUUCUGCAUCAAACAAAAUGCGAGGACAAUGGGAAACUUGUACGCAGGAGGACAAUCCUGGCCAGCAAAUCCAACAAGAAGAAGAACACCAUUUGCAGUCCUCAGAGCAGCAGUUAUCUCAAACAGAGCCAACACAGCAAGAAUCUGGCACCAAAGAUCCAGAUCCACAAGUUAACAGCCAACCAGAACAUGACAGGUUGCUGUUACAACAAGAGCAAUCUCAUUCUGAUAAUCAGCAGCGACAGUCAGAAUCGAAUUCCCAACAAUUUUCUGAAAAAGAGCAGGCCAACACGUCUGAGCAAACUACUGUUCAGGGCCCAGAACAUGAGAUUGGUCAGCAUUCUGAGAGCCUGCAGCAGCAUACAAUGCAGCAGUUGAAUAGUCAGCAAGCACCAGCUGCUAACCAAGCGAACAAUGCAAUGAAGAGGAUGAAAGUUAAUUCUAGCAUACCAUUCCACAUGUUGAUUCCAAUCUUACGCCCACACCUUGACAAAGACAGAUCCAUGCAGCUUAUGUCCAUAUUUUCAAAACUAAGGACCAAUGAAGUCAGCAAAGAAGACUUUUUAAGAGUCAUAAGGAAUAUUGUUGGGGAUCAGAUGCUUAGGCAGGCAGCUCACAAAGUACAAAUGCAGCUUCAUACCCAGGCCCAGGCAGCUCGAAAUCUGCAAACAAAUCCAAACCAAUACUCCUUACAGACUGAAGCUUCUUCUCAGCAAAUGGCAUCUGGUGGUGCUCAACAGUUCAUUGAGUCGCAAUCAGUUCCACCUCUUCAUUCAAUGCCUUCAUCUCAGAACCAGAAAGGCACCAGAUCACCUCCACGCCAGUCUUAUGUUCCUACUUCAACAGUCCAAAUGCAGAAUGAUACUUCAAAACUUGAUAGCAAUAGUCAGAAGUCUCGAGAAAUUGAAAAGAAGUCAGAUGGGAAGGGGGUGCAGGUUACCCAGAAUUAUCCCAGUAAUGUGAGUACGGCAAAUCCAGAAAGAGACAUUUCUAUGAAUUCGUUACAAGCAGUUAACAAGCAGCUGCAACACACAGAACUUCCACAGACGUCUUUCUCGAUGUAUGGAAGCACUCAAAGUAAUUUUCAUGCCCAUGCAUAUCCUAGGCCAUCUAUCAGUUCUGCAACAACUUCUCUUAAAUCUCAAACUCAAGAUUCAGUUAUGAGGCAAGCUCCACAUCCUCAAGGAGUGGUUAUGGUGCAGUCAGGGUCAACUCGGCCAAUGAAUGUAAUGAACAUGCCUAAAUAUGAAGUACAAAAUACUACCAGUGAAACCAAGAGACUACAUGGUGGAUCUUUGACGAGCCAUGCAACACCACAGCAAAGUCCAGGGGCACGGCAAUUAUCAGCGAACAAAGAGCAGCGGAACAGUGCUUUCCCGCCAAUGCCUUUUGGGAAACAAGAAGUUGCUGAUCAACCUUCGGAACCUCCUAGCAAGUCUCAAUUCUCAACUUCAGAGGGCUCUUCAUUUGUUUCACUGAAUAUUAACCAAAGAAAUCAAAAUCUUGGAUCAUCAAAGGAGGAAAUAUUAGAAAAACAGUCGUCUAAAAUGGGAUACUCUACACUUGCAAGUGUGAUGGGAACAACUCAGGUUUCAAGUCCCAUGGCAACCCAUGGGGAACAAACCUUGCAGAAUCGGAUGCAAUCUCAGAUUUUAUCUGGUACGAAAACUCCCCAAAAGAAACCGUCUGCUGGACAGAAGAAGCCGCAUGAAGCACUAGGCACUACCCCACCCACGUCCAGCAAAAAGCAAAAGACAUCUGGGGCCUUUCUUGAUCAAAGCAUUGAACAACUAAAUGAUGUUACAGCUGUUAGUGGAGUUAACCUGAGGGAAGAGGAAGAACAACUAUUAACUGCCCCCAAGGAGGAGAACCGAGCUUCAGAAGCAACUAGAAGAGUUGUACAAGAGGAAGAAGAACGGUUGAUUCUGCAGAAUGGUCCCCUUCAGAAAAAGCUAGCAAAUAUCAUGUCCGGAUGUGGUUUAAAGGGCAUAAGCAGUGAUGUGGAGCGUUGCUUGUCAAUGUGUGUGGAAGAGCGUUUGCAGGGUUUGAUAAGUUAUCUAAUAAGACUGUCGAAACAGAGGGUUGAUAUUGAGAAGACAAGACAUCGACUUGUCAUUACUUCAGACGUUCGACGCCAGAUUUUGUUAAUGAACAAGAAAGCUAAGGAGGAGUGGGACAAAAAGCAGGCUGAAGAAGCUGAAAAGCUCCGUAAACUAAAUGAAGUGGAGGGGAAUGCAGGGGCUGAUGCUGACAAGGAUAAGGAUGAAGGGCGUUCAAAGACCCUUAAGGCCAACAAGGAAGAGGAUGAUAAGAUGAGAACAACAGCUGCAAAUGUCGCUGCCCGAGUUGCUGUUGGGGGAGAUGAUAUGCUUUCAAAGUGGCAACUCAUGGCUGAGCAGGCUCGGCAGAAACGUGAAGGACUGGAUGGAGCCUCUGGUUCACAGUCCGGUAAAACUACCACUGGCAAGCCUUUAUCAAGCUUUGGAAGAAUUUCAAGAGAACAGAAAGAAGCUGAAAAGAAAGGUUCAUCUGCUGCUGCUGUAUCUGGCGGCAUAAGGAAAUUUGGGAGAAGCACAGCGGCGGUGCCCCUUCCAAGAAUGGCACACAACAUUUCUGUCAAGGAUGUGAUCGCAGCCCUUGAGAGGGAGCCUCAGAUGUCAAAAUCAACUCUAAUCUAUCGAUUGUAUGAGAGAUUAUCUGGUGAUUCUGCAGCACAGUAGUUUGAAUUUGGACAACAGCAAGCAUGUCCAACCAGUUGAACCAUUGUUUGCCGUUCUUAGAUUCAGGAUGUUUGCCACCUUCGAGUAUGGAAUUCAGCAGCACCCAUCCUGAAGGUUAUAGGGGCAAAGAUUAGGAAAGUACGACUAUUUGUAUAGGAAUCAACUACUGUAUAUUUAUCUUAUCUGUUCUUGAAAAUGUAAUUUGUAUAUUAUAUUAAUACAUCAUAAUAUACUGUAACAUUUGUGGGUAGAGGGAGAGAGAGAAACUCCAGCCCCAGAGGAUUUCUGUGUUGAAAUUUUUUUUCUUUAUAGCUUAUAGAUGAGUUGUCAUAUCGAUAGAUAUAAUAUCUGGUGGAAAAUACUUUAUCC